AUGAUGAAGAUUUUGGGAUGUGCUUUGAUUUUUGCUCUUGUCUUUAAGACGGAGAGCAUGUCCAUUGAUACAGCUAUAAAAAAUGCCAAUGAAAAUAGUAUGGCGUAUGACUUAGUGUCCAGCGAGUCUUCUAGAAUUGUCAGGAAGGAAUAUGACAUAUUAAUGACUCUGGACGAAUACAUUGAAGAAGAAAAAGAAAGAAUGGAAGAAAAGAUGGGUAAGAGAAAGAAGAGGAAGGCCAUUCGUGACACAAGGCGGAGGUGGCCCAGUAACACCAUACCCUAUGAGAUAGCAGCUAGUACAUUCAGCUCUUCUGCCCUGAACGAGAUAAACGCUGCCCUCAAUGAAUGGCGUACACAAACGUGCCUGACCUUCCCCCAGAGAAACGGGGAAGCAGCAGCCAUUAGGUUCCAAAAUGGCGACGGGUGUUCGUCUUUCGUUGGAAGAACUGGAAGUGUUCAACCAAUCAGCCUUGCUAAUGGAUGCAGAGUUAGACGAAUUAUUACGCAUGAGAUCGGACAUGCAGUUGGCUACUGGCACGAGCAGAGCCGACCAGACAGGGGGGGAUUUGUGCAAAUUAUUGAGGACAACAUCGCGCCCGGUCUCCAAUUUAACUUUGAGGAACUGCCCACUUCUCAGGUCAACACAUUUGAUGUGCCGUAUGACUACCUCAGCGUCAUGCAUUACGGAGCCAGAGCCUUUUCUGUCAACAAUGGUAUCACAGUGAGAACCAUCGACCAGUCCUUUCAGAACAGAAUCGGGAAUGCACCCGGACUAAGUUUCAGAGACAUUAAACUCGCUAACCUAAUGUAUAACUGUGCUGGUAGUUGCCCUGCUCAAAACUGUCCAGGAGAGGGAUUUGUUGGAAAAGAUUGUCGGUGUAAGUGUCCGACUGGGGAUCCAAACAACCCGGUCCAGAAUUGUCAGGGUACUCCGGUAGCAACGACCACAAGCGCGCCUUCUAUGUCCACCACCCCUCCCACUACAACCCCAACAACGCCAUCUGUCACCGAGUGUGGGGACAUGAACCGAUUUUGUGGAUUUUGGGCUCAGUUUGGAUUUUGUUCUCGAAGUCGCUACAUGAUGAUGAAUUGCAAACAAUCAUGCAACAAAUGCAAUGCCGCCAGAGUUUGUGAAGACAUGGGAAACAGUUGUUCCUGGUUGAGAGACAACGGGCUCUGUGAUAACCGCUUUUUACGAAAUUAUAUGGAAAAUAGUUGUGCUGCAACAUGUGGAUUUUGUGAAGCGGGCCAGCUUCUUGAUGCAAACGGACAAAGCGGUGCCUCCAAAGUUGGAUCCGCCACCUUGCUCUUCGCUUUACCAUUGGUUAUGCUGAUUAUCAUUGGGAUGUAA